AUGCACUGCAACAAAGCUCUGCUCUAUACCAACCUUUUGAUUUUAUUUGCUGCUGUCGUUGUUCAAGCACUCGACACCUGCACUAAAGAUGGGAAUGCCGUGCAGUGCUGUGCCGCUGCUGGCUUCCCGAUCCCGGGAGCUCUCACUAGGAAGCGAGCAUCGCACCGGGGGCUGUUUACUCGUGACGCAGCUUGCCCUUCUUCGGUCCAGUGUUGUGAGAAACAGGUCACCAGCACGGUGACAAAGUUGACCCCGGGCAGCUUCGGCGUACAGUGUGGAACCAAGUAUGACCCUGGCACCGACAGCCUGGAUCAGUCUACCGCAAACCUUGAAAUUGUUAAAUGCAACACCUUCCCCCUUUUCAGUGCAGACCCGCAGUACAAAGAUCAGGACUGUCUCAAGGUGACAGGUGGACCCAUCCUCGAUAGUAAUGGUGUGCCAAUCCCACUCACGAGCCCCUUCUACCACUUGGCUGUUAGCGGUACUCCAAUUAGCACCGAUCCCGGGCAUUACGGUGUUACCCAUGAUAAUCCGACUUGGUGCACCCAGCCAACGCCAUCCACUAUGCAGUGCUUUGUGCCCUUUAGCUACAUAGAAUCACAGAUUACUCCGCCACCUACUGACCUGUGCCACUCGUCCGUGUACGUCGGCUUGUUGCUCGACAUUGCCGGAAACACGUGCACAAUUCAGCCAGGACCAUUGACUGGCACAGGCAACUUCUUCCAAUCCGUCCUUGUCACCUUCUCAUGUGAGGACACAACUACUUGCCAGACACAGUGCUGCUGCCCUGUGCCGGUGGUGUCGAAGAAGCCCUGUGCUGCCGGUAGCGCUUACGCUCAAUCGGCAAAUGCUCUGAACGCCCCUCCUAUUGGGUGUGGCCACUGGGGCUGGUAUUUCCCAAAAGUGACGAGCGGCUUCACCGCUCCACUCAUCCUCGGUCAAACCACCAAUAUCGGUAGUGUGAUUGUCACUAUCAGUGGAAAUACCGUCAGCUGGGUUUACAACGUCAAUUCUGACUAUGGGCUCACUGAAGCCCAUGCGGAUGUGAUUUGUGGAGGCAUCGACUUGAAGCAUACCACGCCCCCGAAAGAUGGGGAUGCUUGUGUGCCUGGCAAAUUUACCAAGAACUCGGGCUGUCUCGCACCAGUUGCGGGUGGCGGCUGGUCGGCCAGUUACACAUGCAACAAUGGCGGACAAUUCUCGCUUGUCUUCCAUGCCAAGGUCGUUAAGUUUGUUGAUCCCACCAGCACCCAGUGCAAUGCAGUGGUUUGUCCGGACGCCAGUGAUUAG